UAGUAGUGCUAUAGCUGUAUUUGCUGUCAUGGAGUUAUUACGAGAAUAUUGCAAUCAAAAUUUACAUGGAAUAGUUAAUGAUGACUUUGACUGUUUUCGAGUAACAAUUUUUCCAAAUUUACCAUCAGUAUUUUUCUGGUUGUUACUGCCAGUUUUUAUUGCUCAAAUUUACCGUACACAAGUAAAUGGUGGGGUUCGUUCGGAAACAUUGCCAUGGACAGCAUUAUUAAUCACAAAAAUUAUCAUAGCGAUUUAUUUGAUAUUGAAUUCUAUGGCAAGAUUUAUAAUAAGCAUAGUUUUCAUACAAAAUAAUAUUCAUAUUCUUUCUACUGAUUUUAUAAAUUCAAUAAUUACAAUGCUUACAAUACUGGCAAAGAUUAGCACUUACCAGUUCAGCAGUAUUGGUUGUAUGCUGAUAGCGCGUAAAAAUGGAUUAGUUACUUCAGGAAUACUACACAUUACCUGGAUAAUGUUUGCAAUAUGCGAUUUUCCAGAAUUUUUUUUCAGUUGGCAAAGAAGUAGCACUGAACAGUUCACACAUGGCAUGAGUAAAACGAAUGCAGUACUUUAUCAGUUGUGGUAUCCAUUUGUUAUCAUUCAAGUCUUUCUUCUUUGCUUUGCUGAUCGUCGACGACUUAAUGCAACAGAAGCCAGCAAGAAAUCAAAUAUAUCACCUGAAUUAGAUAGCUCAUUUUUGAAUCGCUUAUCAUUGUGGUGGUUUACGUCAAUCCCCUUGCUAGGUGCGCGAAAAACGCUAGUCGAUGCUGAUUUGUAUCAACUUAAUGAAGGAAAUACUUCAUUGUAUCUGUACACUAAAUGGGAAAGACUAUGGAAUCCUGUACUUGAAGGCAAAUUUUUAAUCAAAUCAAAAUAUUUUGUAAAAAAUAAAGCACCACCAAAGCCACCAUCAGUUAUUUGGCGAUUAUUUGUGAUGUUUCGUUUUGACAUAUUAUCAGCUGCAGCCAUAAAAAUCUGCUCUGAUAUCAUUCAAUUUUCUAGCCCUUUCCUUUUAAACUUAUUACUCAAUUAUAUCCAAAGUGGUAAUAAGCUUGUUAUGGAAGGUAUAGCAUUUGCACUGGUCAUGUUUGCUUGUGCGCAAAUUCGUUCUCUUCUACUAAAUUAUUACUUUUUUUUAAUGAUGCGAGUGAGUAGCAAAAUUCAAUCAACAUUAAUUUCGGUUAUUUAUCAUAAGACACUGCGAUUAUCCAAUUCAGUUCGUCAAACUAAAACAGUUGGUGAAAUUGUAAAUUUGAUGUCCGUGGAUGCAGAACGCUUUCAGUUAAUUACACCUCACAUUCAACAAAUCUGGUCGUGUCCAUUUCAGAUUACUCUUGCACUCAUAUAUCUUUUUUUCACAAUUGGAGCUUCAGCAAUUUGUGGAUUGGUUAUAAUGCUUCUUUUCCUUCCAUUAAAUAUUAUCACAUCAAUAAUUAUCAGAAAAUUUCAGGCAGAACAAAUGCGUUUAAAAGAUGAACGUGUAAAGAUGUGCAAUGAAGUAUUAAAUGGUAUAAAAGUUGUCAAAUUAUAUGCUUGGGAGCCACCUAUGGAAAACGUUAUACAGCAAAUCCGACGUAAAGAACUAAAAUUAGUACGAAAAACAAAUAUGAUAAGAGCUAUUGCUGACAGCUUCAAUGCUUCCUCACCAUUUUUGGUUGCAUUUUUAACAUUUGCAACGUAUACACUGACAAGUCCCGCAAAUAUUUUAACACCUCAAACUGCAUUUGUUUCACUAACUUUAUUCAUUCAACUACGCUCUCCUAUGAAAGUGAUUGCAUUUUUGAUGCAUUUAAUCGCCCAGGCUUUGGUAGCAAAUAAGCGAAUCAAGGAUUUUUUGGUAGCUGAAGAAAUUAAUCCUUUGGCUAUUGACCGCAAAUGUAGUAACUUUGAUACAACGAAUGCUAUUGAAAUUAGAGAAGCGCUUGUAACUUGGAGCACUUCUAACUUGGCCUCUGGUGCGCCUACAUUUCAAGUACAGCGAUUCACUGUACCAAAAAGUUUCUUAGUAGCUGUUGUUGGCAAAGUUGGUAGUGGCAAGACUACUUUGCUUAAUACUAUUUUAGGAGAAAUGGAGAAAUUGAAAGGGUACAUUGGUGUUGCUGGUCAAGUGGCAAAUGUGAGCCAACAGCCAUGGAUUCAGAAUCUGAGUCUUAAAGAUAAUGUCAUGUUCGGGAAGGAAUUGCAGCAACAGUAUUACAACACUGUUCUAGAAGCCUGCGCUUUAAUGGAAGAUCUGCGAACUUUACCGAAUGGUGAUGCUACUGAGAUUGGAGAAAAAGGUAUCAAUCUCUCAGGAGGUCAGAAGGCAAGAGUAGCUAUUGCACGAGCCGUUUAUCAAAAUUGUGAUAUCUAUCUCUUCGAUGAUCCUCUGUCCGCUGUCGACAGUCAUGUUGGCAAACACAUUUUUGAAAAAGUAAUUGGAGCAAAUGGACUGUUACAAAAUAAGACGAGAAUUUUGGUAACAAAUAAUUUGGCAUAUUUGCAUGUGGUUGAUGCUGUUGCUUACAUGCAAAAUAAUGAACUGGCUGCAUAUGGUUCAUACAAACAAUUACUAGAAGAAUCCGAAACUUUCGCAAAAUUCAUUAAUGAAUGUCAUACUGAAAGUGUGGAACAACAGGAAUCGAGUAAAGAAAGUGAGGAAGCAGAAGAAGACUUGACGAUAUCACUUAAUGUGCUUCAUACUUGCAGAAAAGAAACCUCCGUGUUAAAAUCAAAUGAAAGCUCGUCACUUGCUUCUCGUCAUUUCUUGCAAAUUAGUGUGCUUCCUCAGCUUUCAACAAAUGAUAACGAUAAGAGCACAAAACAACCUAUGAAACUGAUUGAGUCUGAAAAAGUUGAAGUUGGUAAGGUAAAAUUAAAUGUCUAUUUGCAAUAUCUGAAGUCCGCUACAAUUAUGACAUCGUUUCUUUCCCUUUUUUUUGUAACAUCUUUUGGAAUUUUACAAAUGUGCCGAGGAUUUUGGCUUUCCGAAUGGUUAAUGCUAAUAGAUAUCGAUGUAAUCGAUUUGCUACUACCGAUGAACUUCCGUUAUUUUGUAUUUUGCGUGGAAAAUGUUACAAUAACAUUAAUUAUUAUCAUAAUAUCAACGCCAGUUUUUGCUGUGGUCAUUGUUCCUCUUGCAUUAUUAUAUUACGCAUCUCUGCAUUUCUAUGUUCCAACUUCGAGACAGCUAAGACGAUUAGAAAGUGUUAAUCAUUCACCAAUUUAUCAGCAUUUUAGUGGAACAAUUCAAGGAUUAAUAUGUAUAAGAGCAUUUGAAAAGGUUUCUAUUUUUUGUAAAUCAAUGCAAGCUCAUGUUGAUCACUAUAUUCGCUGCAAAUAUUCAAGUAUACUCUCGAAUCGCUGGUUGGCAAUACGACUUGAAUUUAUUGGCAAUUGUAUAGUACUUUUUGCGGCAUUAUUUGCGGUAUUGUCAGAAAGUUGGGGUGCAGCGGUGAGUGCGGGCAUUAUUGGUCUCAGUAUCAGUUGUGCUCUCAAUAUUACGGAGGCAUUAAAUUUUGCUGUUCGUCAAAUCAGUGAACUUGAAACAAAUAUUGUAGCAGUCGAACGAGUGAAGGAAUAUAGUGAAACACCUACAGAAGCAGAUUGGAGUAUUCGGGAAUGCAAGCCAAAGAAAGACUGGCCCUCAAAAGGAAGGAUUAUUUUUGACAAUUAUUCAACUCGCUAUCGCCCUGGUCUUGACCUGGUCAUUCAUCAAAUAAGUGUUAUCAUUUUACCAGCUGAAAAAAUCGGCAUUAUUGGACGUACAGGUGCAGGUAAGAGCUCAUUCGCUAUGGCAUUGUUUCGAAUGAUUGAACCAGUCGAAGGUAAAAUAUCUAUUGAUGGAAUCGAUAUUUCAAAAAUUGGCUUACAUGAUCUUCGUUUCAAUCUCACUAUUAUUCCACAAGAACCUGUUUUAUUUUCCGGAUCACUUCGAUUUAACUUGGAUCCAUUCCAAAAUUAUUCAGAUCAAGAAAUAUGGGCUGUACUUGAUUUGGCUCAUUUAAAAUCAUUUGUUUCAAAUCUUCCUGAAGGUUUACAGUAUCAGAUUAAUGAGGAAGGAAAAAAUAUCAGUGUUGGACAGAAACAACUUAUUUGUUUAGCUCGAGCUUUGCUUCGGAGAAUUCUGGACGAAGCAACAGCUGCUAUCGACUCAGGAACUGAUGCAGUGAUUCAGGAGACAAUACGGCGAGAGUUUCAGUACUCGACUGUACUAACUAUUGCACAUCGUUUAAAUACUAUUAUGGAUUAUGACAGAAUAAUCGUUCUUGACAAUGGUUGCAUCCGAGAGUGUGAUUCACCUCAAAAAUUACUUGCUGAUCGUUCAUCAAUUUUCUUUUCAAUGGUUUGCGAUGCUCAGACUAUUUUUCAAUGACA